UCAUGGUAAGUGAAAUGUGGCAAUAUUGUUAUUACUGACGAAGACGUAAAUAAAUAAAUGAAAAUUUGCUUAAAAAACAUUUGCGUCUAAAUACGGAAAGGAAACACUUCAUAAAAUAAAGGUACAAUAAUUUCAGGAUAACAAAAUGGCAAGCACCUCCAGAGAUACCAAUAAAGUAUGCUGUUAUGCACACCCAGAUGCUCCUCUUAUAGAGGAUUAUAGGGCUGGUGAUAUGAUUUGUUCAGAAUGUGGUUUGGUUGUAGGUGAUCGUGUAAUUGAUGUAGGUUCGGAAUGGCGUACAUUUAGCAAUGAAAAAAGUGGAGUUGAUCCCAGUCGUGUUGGUGGUCCAGAGAAUCCUUUAUUGAGUGGUGGUGAUUUAUCGACCAUAAUUGGCCCAGGCACUGGUUCCGCUUCAUUUGAUUCAUUUGGUUCGCCAAAGUAUCAAAACAGGCGUACUAUGAGUAGUUCAGACAGAUCAUUGAUAUCAGCCUUUAAGGAGAUAUCAAUGAUGGCUGAUCGUAUCAAUUUGCCUAAAACUAUUGUCGAUCGAGCAAACAAUUUAUUCAAACAGGUUCACGAUGGCAAAAAUCUUAAAGGACGUUCAAAUGAUGCCAAGGCAUCGGCUUGCCUUUAUAUUGCCUGUCGUCAAGAAGGUGUACCUCGUACAUUUAAAGAAAUUUGUGCUGUUAGCAAAAUAAGUAAAAAAGAAAUCGGAAGAUGUUUUAAAUUAACACUUAAAGCUUUAGAAACUAGUGUCGAUUUGAUAACUACAGCCGAUUUUAUGUCAAGAUUUUGUGCAAACCUUGACCUACCGAAUAUGGUUCAACGAGCUGCUACACAUAUUGCAAAGAAAGCUGUUGAAAUGGAUAUUGUGCCGGGAAGAUCUCCUAUUUCAGUUGCUGCAGCGGCGAUAUAUAUGGCAUCACAGGCAUCGGAGCAUAAGCGUAGUCAAAAAGAAAUCGGAGAUAUAGCUGGUGUAGCUGAUGUGACAAUAAGACAGUCGUAUAAGCUAAUGUAUCCAGAAGCAGCUAAAUUGUUCCCGGAAGACUUUAAAUUUACUACACCAAUUGAACAACUUCCACAGAUGUAAAAUAAUUAUUUAUAUUUCGCUUUUUUAAAUAAGUUUAUGUUUAUUUUUAAACAUGAAAAUUUUUUAUGUUAUUUUUAUAAGGAAAUAAAUAUAUAUACAUACAUA